AUGCCCAGCCGACGGCCAACCUUUGAUUCGCGCAAAUCUUCGACACUACACUACCAGACUUUCCCAACAGCACCGCCUCGAAACCGUGGCCGGCCCCCGUCCUCAUCGCCCCCAGCACACAUCGCCAGCGGAGGCUCUGAAGAUGGCGACCACCAUCACGAAUCGCCGUUGCCGACGCGCCAACUCAUGGUGCUCGCAUUCAUCGCCCUUUCCGAGCAGACCGCGCUCAACUCCAUCAGCCCCUACCUGCCAGAGAUGACGAGGGGCUUUCCCGAGGUCAAGGAGGGUCAGACGGGCCUCUAUGUCGGCCUCAUCGCGUCUUCGUUCGCGCUCGCCCAAUUCACAACAAACUUCUUCUGGGGCUGGCUGUCGGACAAGAUUGGCAGGAAGCCCGUCAUCAUCAUGGGCACCUUCCUGACCCUGUGCUGCUUCAUCGCUUUUGGCUUCUGUCAGACCCUUUGGCAGGCAAUCAUGGUACAGGCGCUCAUGGGCUUUGUCAAUGGCAACUCGGGAGUCGUUUCCACCUGUCUGGGCGAGAUUACAGAUCGCAGCAAUCAGUCGCGUGCCUUCACUUAUCUGCCUGUUGUCUACGGUAUUGGCGGCAUCACGGGCCCCAUCGUCGGUGGCAUGCUGGUCUUCUACAAGAACCCGCUUGACACUAGCCGCCCGAACCCUUACCCUUACCUUUUACCAAACCUCUUUUCCGCCUUGGUACUCGCCAUUGAUCUGAUCAUCUGCAUGAUCUUCCUAGAAGAGAGCCUCGAGGAAGCGAAGAAUAUGCUGCCCCUGGGCACGAGGCUGAGCAAUCUGUUCUCCUGGAUCUGGCAGACCACAACUUCUACUCGGCCAAACCACGUACAACGCUUGCUUGGCAAGCCUUACAAUGACUCUCAACGCUUCUUGUCGGGAAUUGAUGAAGACGAAGAAGAGGGUGCAUCUGACGCGUCCGGACACUCUGCCCCUGCGCUAUUCCCCGAAACCAGCGGCGACGAGCUUACACGAAAGGAGAUUCUCAAUCGCGAUACCAUUUUGCUUCUGGUCACAUACUUCAUAUUCCAGCUGGCAAACAUAUCGUACAACUCUCUCUACCCAAUUUUCGCUGAAGAACAGCCACCGACCGGGCGUGGCUUGAAGCCCGAGGCUGUCGGUCUGUCCUUGUCCUUCGCUGGUGCCAUCACAAUCUUGUUCCAGGUAGGCAUUUUCGGCAAAUUGCGAGGCAAGUUGGGAAAUAAAGCAUCCUACCGUGUGAGCUUGGCGUUCUUUGUGGCCGCGUUCGCCCUGAUGCCCUGGGUAGGGUACAAGGAGAACAAGUCAUACAUGGGUAUUGGUUCUGGGCCUGCAUGGUUAUGGUUUGAGCUUGGGGUUGUACUGGUCAUCAAGACGAUUGCGGGCGUCGGUGGCCUGACCGCUGCUCUUCUCAUGAUCACCAAUUCAGCACCUAACCAUAACGUUCUUGGCACGCUGAAUGGCCUCGCUCAGACGCUGUCUGCGGCUGGACGCGCUGCGGGGCCUUUUGUAUCUGGAUCGCUUUUCACCGCUGCCACCAAGAUACAGCCCAAGGGAGAAGUCCUUCCUUUCGGUGUCUUUGCAGGCAUCUCACUCAUAGGCUUUCUCUUGAGCAUCGGCAUCCGUGGCGAGGGCCUAGAAGCGGAAGACUGGACCGACAGCGAGGCGGACCAGGACGAAGAGGAUGAAGUUGGCGAUGAUACAAACGAACGGACCGGUCUCAUAAGAAAGUAG